GAAUCGUAUUGUACAACUAUUAGAUUUCAUCAACAUGGAAGAUUUGUCGUCUAGUUCGGAAACUGAUAAUGCGGAGGUAACAUCAUUAUCCUCAGAUCCACCCGUUGGAUAUUCUUCUUCAUCUUCUUGGGAUCCUUCAAAUAGUCCUGAUUGGGACAACGAAAAGCCAACAGAGCAAUGUGUUGCUCGAAUAAAACGAGACAUUCUUUACAUUUGCAAAGAACCCCCACCUGGAAUGUUUAUAGUACCCGAUCAAGAGAAUUUAACAAAGAUUCAUGCUUUAAUCACUGGACCAUUUGACACACCUUAUGAGGGCGGAUUUUUCUAUUUCCUAAUUAGAUGUCCCUCGGAUUAUCCAAUCAGACCUCCGAGAGUAAAGUUGAUAACAACAGGUGGCGGACGAGUUAGAUUCAAUCCUAACCUCUACAAGAAUGGAAAAGUUUGUCUAAGUAUUUUAGGAACUUGGUCUGGUCCGGCCUGGACCCCUGCGCAAACGAUAUCGAGUGUUUUAAUUAGCAUACAAUCUCUAAUGAAUGAUAAACCCUACCAUAAUGAGCCAGGUUUUGAAACUGAGAAAGGAUCAGGGCACGUAGAGCACUACAAUGAUAUUAUACGACAUGAGACCAUAAGGGUUGCUGUAUGUGAUAUGUUAGAAGAUAGCUUUAAGUGCCCAGACUCCUUGAAAGAAGUUAUGCAACAAUCUUUUCGAGAUUUUUUCGAAUAUUAUGAUAAUGUCUGUAAAACUAAUAUGAAGCUACAAGGUCAUGCCAUGAAUGAUCCUUUUGGGGAUAGACGAGGAAAAUUUGAUUACAAGACUCUUCAGAAACGAUUAGCCAAUAUUAACAAAAAAUUAAAUUUAUCGUCAGAAGAUAGAGAGGAUGAUGAUACAGAUUCUUUAUCCGAAUCUGAUGAAGGAAUGGCUUCUGCUCUCUCUGUGUCGACGGCACCUUAA